AUGGAGAAUUUAUGGAAUCAAAUGAGGUGGCAACUUACUGGUAUGGAUGAGAAGAAAGGUGAUCUUGGUGCUACAAGGGAUCAGAAAAUACCUAUUCAGAAAACUCAAUCUUUCAAAGCAGAGAAGAAAAGAGGUCAGAAUUGGUUUCAAAAACAGCUUCCACUGAAAAGAAGUCAUGAUUUUGACUCUUCUGAAAUCGAGCAUGCUGCAGCAGUAGCUGCUGCUGCAUUCUCGAUUAAUUUGCAAGAGGCCUCUGAGCAGACGAGUGAGAGGCCGGAGACCUCAUCGGCCAAGACAAAUAGUAAGGUGGGAAGCUCAAAAUCUUCAAAGUCCCUACUUGCUAGUGCUUCCAAGCGAUUAUCAGGUUCAUUUAGAUAUAAAGAUGAUCAGGGUGACAAGGUGUCAAUAUCCUCAGUUUCAGAAGAAAAGAAGCCGGAAAAGGCCAUUACACCUGCACCAUCAAUGAAAAAGGCUUCAACUUUAACUGAUAAAAAACCUGUUACCACAACACCAAAAGCUCCUCCUCCUCUUCCACCUCCACCUCCACCUCCACCACCACCACCAAUUCAGAAGACUUCAAGGGAACCUAGCCCUCUAAGACAGACUACAACAGGCACAAACAUUCCGGAGACAGAUGCAGAUGUAUGGGAGAGAACCGAGCUCAACAAGAUCAGACAAAGGUACGAGAAGCAGAAAGAGAUGAUAGAUUCAUGGCAAGACAAGAAGAGGAUGAAAGCCAAACGAAAGCUAAUUAAGCAUGAGAGUGAACUUGAGCGGAGAAGGUUUAAAGCUUUGGAGAAAUUUCAAAACAAGAUGAAGUAUGUAAAUCAAGUUGCAGACGGAGCGAGAGCCAAGGCUGAUGAAAACCGAAAGAAUGAAGAGCUACAAGCAAAAGGGAAGGCAGGUGCAAUUCGAACAACAGGCAAACUGCCACGGAUUUAUUUCUGUUUCUGA